GUCUGUUCUCUUGGAACCUUGUUGGUUGAGAGUCGCAUGAAAGUUGCGCAAGUACAUAAAUCUUCAAGAAGAAAAUAAUUAUUAUGUUAAAAAUGUUAAAAUCAUUAUGUAUUUUCUUAAAAGUGUUAAUGUUGACGAAAGUGGCAAUCGUAUCUUCGUUGGAAGAUCUGGAGGAUCAUGAAAUUUUGAAUAUUUCAGAUAUCAACAAUCAUUACAUGUUACCAAAGAAUGAAUUUGUCGAACACUCUAAACUGGCGAUUAAACGCAUAAGUACAACCGAAAAUGUUCCAAGUGAACCAACAUUUCCCAGGAUAUUCGUAGAGUUUGACAAAAAUAUAAACGAAAGAAACAACAUUUCUGUAACAUUCAGAUGGAAGCAACCUGCAUUCACAGGGAAAGAAAUAAAAAAAUAUACAGUUGAGUAUGGGUUUAUCGAGAACGCGACGAAUGAAAUGAACACUACAAUCGUCAUUAUUCCAGCUACGAAAUUGCAACUGGAAGUGCAUGAUUUAAGACCUAACACAAUGUACUACUUCAAAGUACGAGCGCAUAACGAAAUUGGUGUUAGCAAUUACACAGAGAUCAUCAACGUGUCGACCACGCACGAGAAUCCGGUUCCUCGAUUAUUGAUCGGCUCGUGGAGUGGUAUAAAAAUAUUCGAUAUAGAUUUGCAGAAGGUCUCUCAUAUAUUUAAGGAACUCAGAGCGAUAGAAUUCACUUACUCGACAUUAGAACGUAAAAUUUAUUGGAUCAAUGACAAAUCACAGCUAAUGACAACGGAUUUAACAAUCGAAACAAAGCAAAAGUACACAAAAAUUAUUGACCUAGAUGAUUCUGCACAUAAUCUCUGCAUCGAUUGGAUAGCUAGAAAUCUUUAUUGGAUACAAAUUAACCACUCUAACAACCAGUCCAGCAUUAUGAAGUUAGAUUUAACAUUGUUGCAAAUUGACAUGAUCAAAUACGAUAUUAUUUUAAACACAAAUGGAUCUAAAUUGUUAUCUGUACUGCCGUCUAAAGGGUAUAUUUAUUGGAUGGGCUUAAAUUCAGAUAAUAAGUAUGUGUUAAUGCAUUCGAAUGUCAAUGAGAAAAACAUAAAACCUUUUUUGCAAAGCAGAAAAUUAUAUGAUACAAAUUGUCCCUGCCAGUACGAACUAUUAGAACCAUCUUCUAUGCAGAUUGACAACAUAAAUAUUGACAAUCCAUUAAUUUACUGGAUAUCAAAAGGUAGCCUAAUCGCAACGGACAUUCAUGGUUGUAAAUGUAAUCUGAUUUUAAGCGCUGGAAAUAAUGAAAAAUUGAUUGAUUCUUUAACGAUUGACGAGACAAAUAUUUACUUGUACAGUCAGUACAAACAAGAAAUCUAUAUUUUACAAAAAAAGGAUGCAAAACUCGAUAGCAAAACAAUUGGAUUUGAGAAUGUUCAAAAUAUUAUGUUCUACACAAAUGACUUACAUCAUAUUAAAGCUGUUGGUAACUCUUUACAACGCUAUCCCUCGAAAAUAUGUCAGAUGCCUAAGAUGUCAGAUGAAAGAUAUCAUGUUGAAGUAAUGAAUAUAACUGCGAACAGUAUUGUCGUAAGGCUUCCAGAGCCGGUUCUCAAUGACAAAUGCGAAAAUUACAAUUUAGCCACCACUAUAUACACCAUCUCCGUGGGCCAUCGAUGGAAUAAAGAUCGUAGCGAAUUAAAAAAGUUUCAGACGCACGAAAGGUAUUACGAAAUACAGAAUUUAUCCCCAUCCACAGAGUACAUAGUGAAGCUGGCACUGAGUAAUUUCUAUUUUGAUUUUUACAAAUUACCGAUACAUUUUGACCGAGGUGUGAUACUGACAACUACCUCAGAAGAACUUAAUGCAGAAAAUGUAGUAAUUCUAAUGCAAUAUAUACCAGGCGUUAUCGGUACCCUUGUGUGCGGUGUUUGUAUUUAUUAUUCACAAUGCAAAAGAAGUAGGAAUGUUCAACCUUCAUCAACUUCACCGCCUCCACCAGUUGAAUUAAUUCCAAUAGAUACAUCUAACAAUAACAUUGAAUACAUUACUGUAACAGCUUUAAAAAAGGAGUUGCAAGGAAAUCCAAACAUUCAAAAAAUUAAAAUUGAAGAGAUUCUCUCAAGAGAUGAGUUUCUAGGCGAAGGCACAUUUCGAAUAGUAAAUCAAGGAAUGGUCCGCAAUUUAGAAGGGUUGCAAACAAUGUGUGCCAUAAAAAAGUUACCAGGUAAUGCUACCCUGCUGCAAGAAAGGAAAUUCUUGCAAGAAGCCAAAAAGAUGAGCCGAUUUGAUCACAAAAAUGUGCUAAAAUUAUUUGGCAUUUGCUGGUAUGCGGAUUCACCGAUGCUCAUAUUGGAAUUAAUGGAAACUGACUUAUUGACAUAUUUGAGAGAGAAUCAAACAUUGAACCCUUUAAGUGCACAAAGUCUGCGCCUGCAAGACUUACUCGCCAUGUGCGAAGAUGUUGCGCGGGGUUGUCACUAUCUAGAAGAAAUGCGAUAUGUACAUAGAGAUCUUGCAUGUCGAAAUUGCUUAAUAUCCACGAGAAAUGAUGGAAGCCGUAUUGUGAAAAUCAGCAACUUCUAUCUUUGUAAUGAUAUUUAUAUGGAUAACCAUUACAUCGACGAAAAAGAAGACCCUCUUCCUAUUCGCUGGAUGGCACCGGAAUCUAUAAAGUAUCGAAAAUUUACUUCAAAAAGCGAUGUUUGGGCAUUUGGAGUGCUAAUGUGGGAAAUUAUGUCAUUAGGCGAACUCCCCUAUUCUGUCAUAAAAAAUGGAAUAAAUGUAAUAGAAUAUAUAUGUAAAGGAGACAGGUUGUCGCAACCUCUCAACUGUCCGCCGACGUUGUAUCAGUUAAUGCAGCAAUGCUGGAGUGAGGAGAAUAAUAGACCAAAUUUCAAUCACUGUCUCGAAAAUAUUUUAACCUUAAGAAACAUCACAAAAAAUGCGAUUUUAAAGCGGACAUUGAAAUAUAAACAGUACCGUACAACGCCUCAUAUAGUUACCGGCAUCUCUUGCUCUAUGCUGGAUCGCAAAAUAAGAUCAUUUCCGAUCUUAAAGGAUAAGUCAGAGUAUUUUCAUAACGAAGAAGUCAGAGGAAAGGAAAUGAGUAGACAAUAUGCGGACAGGAAACGACAAGCGAAGAUUAGAACAGUGCAAGUCAAUAAUUAAUAAGUUGACCACAUCUUUUGCGGCUACUCCUACUCGAAAGGACGGCAGUGCAGUCUCGGACCUGUCACCGAGCGAGGAGAUCUAUUGCAUUUUUACUCGUGUAAUAUAAUAUUGUGCAUCUAUGAAAGAUUCUUAUGUAUACUUUAUAUUUUUGCGAAUAAAAAUUUUCCUUUUAAUUUCAAA